UGUGCCCAGGUGUGCCCAGGUGUGUUCCCAAUGCCCCCAGGUGUGCCCAGGUGUGCCAGGAUCCAAUCCUCCAGGUCCACCUCCUCGGACAGGUUCAUUUUGCUGGUGAUGGUGGAGAAGAUGAACGUGCCCAGGUGUGCCCAGGUGUGCCCAGGUGUGUCCCCAAUGCCCCCAGGUGUGCCCAGGUGUGCCCAGGUGUGUUCCCAAUGCCCCCAGGUGUGCCCAGGUGUGUCCCCAAUGCCCCCAGGUGUGCCCAGGUGUGCCCAGGUGUGUUCCCAAUGCCCCCAGGUGUGCCCAGGUGUGCCCAGGUGUGUUCCCAAUGCCCCCAGGUGUGCCCAGGUGCCCCCAGGUGUGCCAGGAUCCAAUCCUCCAGGUCCACCUCCUCGGACAGGUUCAUUUUCCCGGUGAUGGUGGAGAAGAUGAACGUGCCCAGGUGUGCCCAGGUGUGUUCCCAAUGCCCCCAGGUGUGCCCAG